AUGCUGAAAAGUAUACAUGGGCCAUCUGCCUUUGGUAGACUGCUAAAAGACACCAAGAUCGCCCAAUUACAGGCCUCGAUCGGUAGUCGUGAGCUGAACGCCAACAAUGGAUUUCCGACUCACCAGGUUGUCGAAUCACCAGCCUCAUCAUUCUCCAGAAGAGACUUCGGUUUGAAGAUGAGAAUCCCAAAGAAAAUCAAAACACGGAGAAUCAUUGUGAACGACCUAGACAACAAAUACGGAUUGCCAAACUUCGAAACUCUCAACGGUGAUUAUUUCAAAAAGCUGAGAUUCCAAGAACUGGGUAUACCUGUGAAUGCCACAUAUACCCAAUUUAUCAACUCCUCGAACUCCUCUCAGAACAAAACUACCACAACCCAGAACCCGCUUUUCGCAAGCUCUAAGGAGUAUUCAUCCCCACAAAACAUUGCGGGCUUGUUGCACAUCAAGAACCAACCGCUAAAUUCAAAGCAGUUCGCUGAAGACAUCAAACCGCAAUUGAAGGCCUUGAGAAAACCUUUCUACAAGUGGCUCGUGAAAAACCACCCUGAAAGCAUCUCAAAGAAGUCUCUCUAUGAUGAGUUCAAAAGAUACAUCGAGUUAGAGAAGCCACAGCUUUUCGGUAACUACAAGAACUACAUCCCUUCCACAUAUGCCGAAAAACUUUCAGGUACUGGAGGUUUGAGUUACAAUUUGAAAGGAAGACUUUUCCAAACUCCAAACGGGCCAAAAACUUCCAGAGUGGUUCCAGGAAGAAUUGUUUCUAAGUACUCCAACUACACAAAAUGUACAGUUGGUGGUUUCGUCGGAAACGUCGGAAACGUUGCCGCUAAUAACAGUUAUGUUGAAACAUUGGCAUUACAGAACAGGUCCAUUGAAGAUGACAAAUUUGCUAGAGAGUUCAAAAUACCUGCAACUGUUGUUAACGCAACUAUGGUGUUGGACAACAAGAGUUUGGACUUGACGGUUAAUCCUAUCAAAAGAGCAAGUAAUUUUGGAAAGAGAACGAUAACCAAAAGAAACCCUGCUGAACAAAGUCUUGCUUUCUCGAGCUUGAUGAACUUGCUCAACGAUAAAGAGAAGACUAGCGAUAAAUAA